AGCCAGAAGCUAAUAAAGCAUCAGCAACAGAAGAAUGAAUUGGUGAACUGUUUCAUCAAGCGGGAAGUAUGAGGAAAUUAGAGAAGUUGUUCUUCAAGUGCACAAGAUGGCAGGUUGAAGAAACCACAGAUCUCAUCAACUGCCCUUAUCAUUAUUUCUGCGACAGCACUUACCAGGAAGACUACCCUCCGGUCAUCGACUUUCUUGUGGUCCUCUUUGUCCUCGCAUCCUUUGUCUCUGCUACGGUCUUCACUCUUCUUGAUUUCAGCAGAAGACCGCUCUCCUGUGCUGAUCUCAGUAUUGGGAGAUUGAAGAGAAGAUACCUGCUGCCUUCGGGUCCAAUUGCGCUUCCUCUUGUUGUGCUGAUCUUGGCAAAUGGACAGAGGAUAAACACCAUGUUCUCCCUCUCACACAUAGGCCCAGCUCUUCUCCAACUCGUCUACAUUUCAGCUCUGGCUUUCAGAAACAGAGACGAGAGCGACAUCAAGUAUUCGGUGCUUGAAGCAUCAACUGUUUCAGCGAUCCUUCAUGCAAGUUUGCACCUGGACUCCAUCCUAGUGGCUUACUACACAGGGCUGGCAGCCCUGAGAGAGUCCACCUUCUCCGGCCUCUGCCUCUCGUGUGUGUGCCGCAAGGAUGCACUGGUUGUCGGCGGGAGCCUUGUUGGCUACCGGGGGUGGUCGAAGGCCACAGUGUUGACAGCCAUUGCACUUUGUUCCAGGAUGGCUUGCAGAAUCUUUGGGGAGGAAAGGUUUAGCUUGGUGAUCAGGCUGGCAGUGGAAGCCAUCAGUUGGGUAUUUGUUACAGAGGACUCAAUUGACCUGUUGUUGGGAAUUGCAGAUUGGAGCUUGCUUGAUUUGGUUGUUUAUGGAGGGAUCUGUGCUUUGCUCUUUCUCAAUUUCCUGAGAAUGGCCAUCAAUCUGUUUGCUUUUAUGGCAAGGAAGACUGGUCAUCAGGCUGGAAAGCAGAUGGAUUUAUGGGUUCAUGAUGUUGAGAUGCAACAGUGAGUUGGCCACUAUACUGCAUUAUUUUACAUGAUUCUUUUGUAAAUUUGGAGUGUACAUGAAUUAUAACCCUUGUAAAGCAAAAAACUGGGAGAGAAGUUUUAGAACCCAAAAAAUCUCCCUGCAUGUCUUCCUACAAAGCAAGAAAUUAAGAGUCUUAUCUUACAAUUUAGAUAAAA